GCAUUACUAGGGCGACGGUCCGGACGCCUCCCGGCUUAGGGAUGAAUUAGCGGCGGGUUCUCCCCGGAGGUUGUGACCCUUGCGGAUUCCCCAGCUGGCCCACGCGACCCCCACGUUGUCGCGCGUCGUCCCCUGCCGGUCACAGAAUCAUGGUGUCAUGGAAAGGGAUUUACUUUAUACUCACUCUGUUUUGGGGAAGCUUUCUUGGAAGCAUUUUCAUGCUGGGUCCCUUUUUACCUUUGAUGUUUCUAAACCCAUCUUGGUAUCGCUGGAUCAACAACCGCCUUGUGGCAACCUGGCUCACACUACCUGUGGCAUUGCUGGAGACUAUGUUUGGUGUAAAAGUGAUCAUAACAGGUGAUGCAUUUAUUCCUGGAGAAAGAAGUGUCAUUAUCAUGAACCAUCGGACAAGAAUGGAUUGGAUGUUUCUUUGGAAUUGUCUGAUGAGAUACAGCUACCUCAGAUUGGAGAAAGUUUGCCUCAAAGCCAGUCUCAAAAGUGUUCCUGGAUUUGGUUGGGCUAUGCAGGCUGCUGCCUAUAUCUUCAUUCAUAGAAAAUGGAAGGAUGACAAGAGCCAUUUUGAAAACAUGAUUGAUUAUUUUUGUCAUAUCCGUGAACCUCUUCAACUCCUCAUAUUUCCAGAAGGGACUGAUCUUACAGAAAACAGCAAAGCUCGAAGUAAUGAUUUUGCUGAACAGAAUGGACUUCAGAAAUAUGAAUAUGUCUUACACCCAAGAACUACAGGCUUUACUUUUGUAGUAGACCGUCUAAGAGCAGGUAAGAAUCUUGAUGCUGUCCAUGACAUCACUGUGGCGUAUCCUCACAACAUUCCUCAGACAGAAAAGCACCUCCUCAAUGGAAACUUUCCCAAGGAAAUCCACUUUCACGUCCGCCGAUACCCAAUCGACACCCUCCCUACAUCCAAGGAGGACCUUCAGCUCUGGUGCCACAAGCGGUGGGAAGAGAAAGAAGAGAGACUCCGUUCUUUUUAUCAAAGGGAGAAGAAUUUUUUCUUCACUGGACAGAGUGUAAUUCCCCCUUGCAAGUCUGAGCUCAGGGUCCUUGUGGUCAAAUUGCUGUCCAUACUGUACUGGACCCUGUUCAGCCCUGCAAUGUGCCUGCUCAUCUAUCUGUACAGCCUUGUUCGGUGGUAUUUUAUAAUCUCUAUUGUAAUCUUCGUGCUGCAAGAGAGAAUAUUUGGUGGACUAGAGAUCAUUGAACUUGCAUGUUACCGUUUUUUACACAAGCAACCACAUUUAAAUGCAAAGAAAAAUGAGUGAGAUUGUAAGGUUCACAAUGUAAAAUAUUUAGGGGCUAUUUUGGAGAAGUUCUAAACCUUUGUAAACUGAGAUGCAUUUUUGCAUGACAAUGUCAAAUAUUUCUUAUUACCAUCUUAUUUGUU